GCACCGUCAGGCCAUAAAACUCGCAUCCUCGCAUCCUCGAGGCUCUUGCUUUUGUUCCCAGCGAUGAGGCAGCAUCUCGGGGACAAAGUGUGAUGAUUUUUAUGACUCGCCCUCGCCUGUGAGUUUGUGCCGCCACCGUCGCCCUGGCAGCCGAGGAAACAAGACCAGGACAAGUGGCAGCAAGUGACUGAUCCGUUAGACGUAUCCCUUUUUUUGGAAGGCGACAGUGGCCUGGCGCCAGUUUGGUUCGAUGCCUGCUCCCGGCUGCCGCAAUUUGUUGUGGCCCAGCAUCAAGUGCCGUUUAAACGUUUGAUUAGCCCGGGUUAUCACGGUGCGGAUCUCUUUCUAGGGACCCUCCGGUGCAAACGGUAGCGGCGGAGAUUGCGUUGCAUCCAUGUACAAGAUGCAACAACGAUUGCAGAUAAGUUAAACACUCUGGAGCAGAUGGUUGCUGAUCAGCACAGCGAGAUAUAUUCAAGCGGAUAUCAAAGAAAAACCCAUUCCCAUAGCCGUUCCCCUCUUCACGGAAUGCUAUCAGCAGCAACAAGAUGGGUGCCGUGCCCCCAGUUCCGAGGGAGGAGAAGGUCACCAGAACUAAAACCCGCACUGGAAGCAAAACCCCCUCCAAAGUGACACGAAAAUGGCGUUCCAGCGUGUGAGAGCGGGAUGGCGAAGCGUUCGCUGAUAAGCAGCCAAUGGCAGGGAGAUCUAUGCAUACACAUGGAGACGCUCACAGAGUGAGUGGAAGCGAGAGAGCGGGUGCCGCACUUGAGCAUGAGAACAGGUCAGACGACUACCUGAGGAUCGGCAGAGGGAGGGAGAGGGAGGAACCGAACCGACCGGAUUCUGGCAGAAUUGAAGUAGUGCCCGCUCUGAGACACCGAGAGACAGUCUCAAUCUGGACAGCAAACCGAUCAGUUCGUGCUCCAGUCGUCGCCACUCGAUCGACUUUCCCACGGACCCACUUCACCCGCAAAGAACAAGAUUACUAAUCACCACGAAGAACCCAACAUGUUGACCUUGCCCAACAUCGCCGAUCUGCGUCUGCAGCAGCAGAUCGCCCAGGAAAUAUACCGCCAGCAGAUUAUGCAACGAUUGCCGGAUCCCCUGUGCGGCCUGCUGCCGAACUUUGCCGGACACUUUCUGCCGCCGCCGCCACCACCGCAACCCACGUUGCCCGGCGAUGUGGAGGCCAAGCUGGAGAACAAUGAACUGUGGCAGCAGUUCCACAGCAUCGGCACCGAGAUGAUCAUCACCAAGUGCGGCAGACGCAUGUUCCCCUCGAUGCGCGUUUCUCUGAGUGGCCUGGAGGAGGAGGCCAGCUACUGCGUCCUGCUCGAGAUGGUGCCCAUCGGCGACUGCCGCUACAAGUUCUCCGGAUCCCAGUGGGUUCCGGCCGGCGGAGCCGAGCCCCAGAGCCCGCAGCGAAUGUAUCUGCAUCCGGAGAGUCCGGCUACGGGAAAACACUGGCAGUCACAGGCCCUGCUUUUCAGCAAAGUCAAGCUCACGAACAACACCCUGGAUAACAAUGGACAUAUCGUCCUGGCCAGCAUGCACAAGUAUCAGCCGCGUCUGCAUGUCAUACGUACCUCUGAUCUCGGCCAGAUUCCCUGGGCCCCCCAACAGGCCUUUGUGUUCCCGGAGACGGAGUUUAUAGCCGUAACGGCUUAUCAGAAUGACCGCAUAACCAAGCUAAAGAUCGACAACAAUCCCUUUGCCAAGGGAUUCCGUGAGUCGGGUCAGUCGAGGUGCAAGAGGAAGAUCAAUGACUCGCCACCGCCAUCGCAGUCGGAGGUUACCCAGGUGGAUGCGAUGACAUCGCCGUUAGCCAAGCGUUUGCGACUGGUGGAGGAAAUUCCUCAGCAUCAUCAGAACCAUCCGAGCGUUCCAAUGCAGCGUCACUAUCUGCUGGACACUCGGGAAGCCAAUUUCUAUGUGCCAGUGCCAGCGCCACCGCCGCCGGCCAUCGAGUAUGCCAGGCACAACGCAGGCUAUCCAAGUUGGGCCUAUACCCCGCCAUCGCCGGCCUCUUCCGUCUCCUCUUCGUCCAGCGGCGAGUCUGCUGCCGACCGCGAGGCAGAUGCCGAUACCUUUGUGGAUGUGGUCGGAACUGCACCACCUGCUGCCGCUUCUCCUGCCCCAGCUUCUGGUACUGCUUCAGCUCCAGCUACAGCUCCCCACCCGUCCAGCGAUCCAAUGCCCCAGCCGAAACGCAGCAGCUUCAGCAUCUCGGACAUAUUAGGAACCAGCUCGUCCAUUUAAACUGCGUCCAGUCGGGUCGGUCCAUGUGCUCCCAUUUGGAUUGAAAUCGGUGCCUUGUACAUUUAAUUAGCGUUUAGUUGCCAUCGUCUGCGUAGUGUCUAAGCUGAAUUGUGAUAUUUUGCAGUUAAUUAGGAUUUCCAGGUAUUUGCCAUCAGUAUUUAUCGUAUUUAUUAUGCAAUUUUAAUUGUUCACAUGAUUUCGUAAUGGAUUUAUUGUCUUUGGCAUUUUAAUGCGGGAUAAAUAAAAUAUGUGUAUGUAUGUAUGAAUUCAAUGGACUUUUUCUGGGGCAAACGAUGCGGGGAAUGCGGAGCAAUUAGAAGAGACAAACUCCAAACCGGAGAUCUGAAUAAAUUCCCCAAUAACUUCCCAUGACUGCGCAUCGAAUCCUGUUCCAGCAAUUUGUGUUGCAUGCUUCCAUUUGCCUGUCGUCGCCGAAUACAUAAUUCCGUUUUGGUUUUGCUUUGGGUUUCGGUUUCAUAUCUCCCGCAUGCGAGGCAUAAAAACCUGUUCCUCCUAGACCCCAACGCCCCUCUUCCACUCCUCCUCCUCCUCCUCAAGCAAGCUCCCUUCUAAGAGCAGAAUAACCCACCGGCAACCAGCAACAUCGACAGCAACAGCAUGGACAUGGGCUUAUCAGCAGAUCAGAGCGAGCCGCAUCUUAAACGCUGGCGCCGGCGCCAAGUUAAAUGCGCUGAUUGAGCGCCACGAUCGCCGGCAAUCCUGGCGA